UCCUACCUCUCCAGAGAUGCAGAUGCUCCGGUUUCAGAAGUCCUAAAAGAUCAGUGAUGCCUCCAACAAGUAAAAGGAUGUGUCUAUACUUCUAAGACCAUUUCUCUGGGGACGGCUCCUUUUCCAGGCCAGAAAGAGUGUAUUUGACUUACUCAGCCUCCGCUCUUGUCCACGUCUCUUCUCUGCCUGUAGUGGUCCUCAUGGGGUCCCCGGUACAAAUUUUUCGUGAAGAGCCAGGCUCUACCUGCUCCCCAGGUACCUGCUUCCUUCCCAGCACCAGCAGCAGCAAGCUUCUGGGCUGGGCCGACUAUGACAACAAUGCCAGUGAUGCUUACGAGGACUUGCAGCAGAACCACACCAACAUUUCCCCAGCUAUCCCAAUUAUCAUCACCGCUGUCUACUCCAUGGUCUUUGUGGUUGGCUUAGUGGGCAACUCGUUGGUCAUGUUUGUCAUCAUAAGGUAUACAAAGAUGAAGACAGCAACAAACAUCUAUAUUUUCAAUCUGGCUCUCGCAGAUGCUUUAGUUACCACUACUAUGCCUUUUCAAAGUACAGAGUACUUGAUGAACUCAUGGCCUUUUGGGGAUGUGCUGUGUAAAAUUGUUAUUUCAAUUGACUAUUACAACAUGUUUACCAGCAUAUUCACAUUGACCAUGAUGAGUGUUGAUCGAUACAUUGCUGUGUGUCACCCUGUGAAGGCUCUGGAUUUUCGUACUCCUCUCAAAGCAAAGAUAAUCAAUAUAUGUAUCUGGCUGUUGUCCUCAUCAGUGGGUAUAUCUGCAAUAGUUCUUGGAGGAACCAAAGUCAGGGAAGAUACGGGUAGUACUGAAUGUUCUUUGCAGUUUCCAGACACGGAUUAUGUGUGGUGGGACAUCUUCAUGAAAAUAUGCGUCUUCGUCUUUGCAUUUGUUAUUCCAGUUCUUAUUAUAAUUGUUUGCUAUACCCUGAUGAUCCUGCGCUUGAAAAGUGUCCGACUCCUCUCAGGGUCUCGAGAAAAAGACCGAAACCUACGUCGUAUUACCAGAUUGGUUCUUGUGGUUGUGGCAGUUUUCAUUAUCUGUUGGACUCCCAUUCACAUUUUUGUGCUGGUUGAGGCACUAGGGGAUGUAUCCCAUAGCACUGCAGCAAUUUCCAGCUAUUAUUUCUGUAUUGCCUUGGGUUACACCAAUAGCAGCCUAAAUCCAAUCCUGUAUGCUUUUUUGGAUGAAAAUUUCAAGCGAUGUUUCAAGGACUUCUGCUUUCCUUUUAAGAUGAGGAUGGACAGGCAGAGCACCAGCAGAGUCAGAAACACAAUCCAAGACCCUGCUUAUACAAGGGAUGCAGAUGGGACAAACAAACCGGUAUGACUAGUCGUGGAGAUGUCAUCUUAUUGUCCUCAAGGAAGAGAAGAAUCAAAUGAUUUAGGACUAACUCAGAUAACGACUGCCGUUUGAGUGCAGUUUGCCACACAGAGACAUUUUUGAUAAUAUUUAAGAGCUCUCAUAAUUUGAAGUAAAAUAAAUGAGAUCCAGGUGAUACUUAUGA